AUGGAGUGUGUAGCUUCGAUGCCACCUGAGACGCCUUUGGCCUUUGGCCUCCACCCUAACACGGAGAUUGGCUACAGAACGCAGCAGUGCGAAGAUUUGUUCAAAACCCUUUUGGAGUCAGAAGGAGCAUCUGCUGGAGGAACAGCAAGCAAAGGAGGCGGUGAAAACGACGGCGAAGCGCUCUGCAAGGAGAUUCUCGACGAACUGGGAGACGCGCGUUUUGACGUAGAGGAGAUAAGCCAAGCUAUUCCUGAUGAGGAAAAGGGACCCUACCAACACGUAUUUUUGCAGGAGUGUCAAUGCAUGAACGUGCUAAUUAAGGAGAUAAGCCGCUCUCUAGUUGAAGUUGAACUCGGAUUCAAAGGAGAAUUGACUUUUUCUGCUUCAAUGGAAAAACUUGUCGAAGACAUCCGCAUGAAUAGGGUGCCUGCCGCGUGGAUGAAGGUUUCGUUUGCUUCUUGCAGGCCACUGGGUUCUUGGAUAGCCGAUGUGAAGCAGCGCUUUGAACACUUGUCAGAGUGGACGAAGGAACCAAGUGCAACUCCCAAGGUAGUCAAUCUCGCACGUCUCUUCAGCCCGCAGUCCUUUUUAACUGCUAUUAAGGAAGUCUGCUCUCAACAACACCAUUUAGAGCUCAACAAACUCAACGUGCUCACCACUGUCACGAAGAAAGACGUCGCCUCCAUAGACGCCCCCGCCAGAGAAGGUCAGCAGCGUAUUCAUUAA